CAACUUGCAUUCCUAGGGUCACGUGGUCUUUGCAAGGGGAUUCCCCAGUUUCGUCAGUAUUACUCACUGCGCAUGUGACAUAUUGUCAGCAUUUGAGCCGACUUCAACCAUAACACGUAAACACGGACACGCCACAACCGCUGAAAGGACCUGACAACUGUUGAAAAGAAUUAAGACGGGCCCAUUAAGACUUACACAAUGUCUGAGUGGACGUGUGGGCGGUGUACAUUCAUCAACCAUGAGCUGAUGGCAAACUGCGAAUUGUGCGAAGCCCCGAAGGAGGCCGCCGAGCUCCGUCACCUUGACAACACGCAGCAAGGAGAAGACAUGCAUGUCGACAGAACGGAAAGACCCCCUGACUCAGCUGCUAUACCAGAAGACCCAGGACAACCGCCAGCCGAAGGCACAGCCAUAUUUGAUAGACCCACAGAAGGUGGUUCUACCAAUGGAGGCCUUUCUACCAGUACUGGAAUGGCAGGUAUCCCUCCAGACCAGACGCAGCAGACAGACAGACAGCUGAUGGACUCCAUGGGAUCUUAUGAGUCCGGAUUCAGUACCCCGGCUGAUCAGCUGAUCAAUGGAAGCCAGGAAGGGACAGGUGCACCGGUUCCAGGACUCCCAGAACCACUGGCGCCCAUGGUGGUGCAUAGUACAAAUGGACGGAGCGAGUCCCCCAUGUCAGAACCAGAAGAGAUUGAAGCUGCUAUGUGUCUCCCAUCACCAGAAACUGCUGAAAAAAACCAGUGGUCCUUCCUUGACAACGAGGUGAGGAUGGUGUUGUUGGGGAAGACGGGAGUGGGCAAGAGCACCACCGGCAACAACAUCCUGUCAAGUAAGACAUUCAAGUCCAGCGCCAGCGGCGCCUCCAUUACCAGAAAGUGUCAGCUGGGCUGGGGUAGCCGCUUCGGUCGGGAGUUGCAGAUCAUAGACACCCCGGGACUGUUCGAUACCGGCAUGACCAACGAGGCCAUCACGCAAGAGGUGGUCAAGUGUAUUGGGAUGACCUCGCCCGGACCUCACGCCUUCGUCCUGGUCAUCCGACUGGACAGAUUCACCCAAGAGGAGAAUGAUACAGUAAACCACUUCCUGAACAUCUUCGGGAAGGAGAUGCUGAGUUAUUUGAUUGUGUUGUUCACAAGGAUGGACGACCUGAAGCACGAUGGUGUCAGCUUGGACGAGUAUGUUCGCGAUGUACCAGAGAAUCUGAAGAAGCUGUUGGAGAAUUGCCAGCACAGAUACCUGGGCAUAGACAACAGGGGCACAGACCAGGAAAAGGAAAAGGAUGUGCAGAACCUGCUGCAGGCAGUCGACUCCAUGGUGAAGGCCAACGGUGGCGGCCAUUACACCAACGAGAUGUACGAGGAAGCUGAGCGGAUCUUUGCCGAGCACGAGGAGAAGCACAUCAAGAUCGGUCGGGAGAAGAUGAUGAAGGAGAUGGAGAAACUGCGAGAAGAAGCAGAGGAAGAACUCCGGCUGAAGGAGGAAGAGAGGGAGAGGAAGCUGGAGACGAUGAAGGGAAAGCUGUCGGAGCUGGGCAUCAGGGAGGAGGAUGAGGAAUGGGUUCAUGUCUUCGGCAACCAGAGUCUGUCGCCGGUGGAGGAGAACACCAGGAUGAGUCUAGGUCCUGCUGCACAGGCAUCACAACAGAUGAAAGACUCUGCUGUGCCGAUCAGUGAAGAAGCACCUCCUGCUGUUGAGAAGCAGAGAAGCGAGGGAAGUAUGACUGAGCGACGACCAGGUGGUGAUAGCUUCAAAGCUGAUGGUGCGUCUGUCCCUGCUGGAGUCAGUGGUGUCAGCCUUGGGGCCCAGGCAGGAAGUUUCUACAAUACAGAUUCAUCCCAUAGCACACAGAGAGAGUCGGUCAAGAAAAGUUUCAUUGCCAAUGAGCCACAGUAUUCAUUUGUAGAUGAGGAGCCACAUGACCCACAGCGUACAUGUGGAAGUCAGAAGAGACAUGAUGAGAAGUUGAUGAACGAGGCUGACAGGCUCCGAAGGGAGGCCAGUAUUCUCCGAGAGGACGUGGAGAGGAUCAACAGGGAACAUGAGAGAGAGAGGGAGAGGAUGAGGUCAAAGUUCAUCACACGGCAGGGGGAGGCCUUGGAGAGCUUCAAGAAGCAACAGCAUCAUCAGCGGCAGGAGAUGCGGCAGCAGAUGGAGAACGCCAACAGCGGAAUGUUCAAGAAAUUCUUUCGAGCCAUGAAGAAUGCAUUGAAGAAGGUGACAGACCCAAUUGCAAGAGGGUUUCAGAGUAUCUUUGCUGGAGUUGAAAGAAGGUCUGGCAAUGACCAUGAUGAACUGUUCUAGCUGUCAUGGAAUGACAUGAUGCCAAAACAUUCAGUGAAUUGUGAUAUAUGUGUGGGGGUUGUGUCACACGGUUGUGUGAGUAAGCACACGCAACUUGAAGUUAUUCCAUUGUGCUGGCAACUUCUCUUAGUGGUUGCUAAGCUUCCCUUACCUAGAAUAACAAUGAGGGGGAAUCUAUUAUUUACUUCAGAUGCAAAUUCUCUUAAUAGACUUAUAUUUCCUAUUUGUUGUGUAUUAAUUAUGAAUUUUUAGCAUAGGCAGACUCCAAUGGAUAGGAGGGAUGGGUAGGAGGAAAGGUGGGGGUGGGGUGGAUUCAAAUGGGUAUGAGGGGUGGGUAGAUUCAGAUGGGUAGGGGUGGGUAGAUUCAGAUGGGUAUAAGGGGAAGGCAGACUCAGAUGGGUAAGUGGAGGUGGGUAGAUGGUAGGGGGUGGGGUAGAUUCAGAUGGGUAGGAGAUGAGUAGAUUAAGAUGGGAAGGGGGAUAGAUUCAGAUGGGUAGGAGGCUUGGGUAGGGGAUGUGUAGAUUCAGUCUGGUAGAUUCCAGUAGGUAUCAAGGGUGGGUAGAUUCAGAUGGGUGG